UCCGACUUCCAGCAUCUGCAGUUUCUUGCAAUCUCUCUGCCUGGAGAUGGUGCUGUUGGCCAGGUGAGCCGGUGGCAGUGGAUAGAAGUCUCGGAGUGUAACGGGUUAAACCAGCAGUUAGUUCCUCACCACGGUCUGUAGAACAGCACGACAGAUGCGUGCGGAGAGGCAGAACAAGGUGCCCGUGUGCGUGUAUCAGAGAGAGAGAGAGAGAGAGUCAGGACUGCUAAGAAAGUGAAAGCAAACAGAGGCUGGAGUGUAACCCGCUCUCCACAGUCUGACACUGAGGUGAAAUUCUGCUUGGUGUUAUUGAGAGGAGAAGGGUAGAGCUGUGAGGAUCGACCACCCACGCCCCUCGAGGGGCACUGGCCAGCGGGUGUCAGCAUCUGACCUGACAGGACGGAAACAAUGGAGCUCUAGCACCAGGAGGCACCUCUACCUCUGACACUCUGUCCCACCUCCCGACCCUCCGCACCCGCCAACAUCCCUUUCUAACCUGGCCUAAGAUGGGGACACAGAGUGGCAUCCCAGUUUAACCCCGAUACAAUGCCAGCUCCUGCUGUUGGUGGGUUUCUGCUGCCGUGGGGAGCCAGGCUGUAAGGGCAGGAGUCGGUAACACGAUGAUGGCUCGGCUUGUGGUUUUCACACUGCUCCUGAACCCCGUCCUGACCACCUCAACUCAGAACAAGGCUGCGUCAAGGUGGAUGGAAGAAACUGACUGCAACUGUGCCUUCAAAAUGCCCACCCCAGUGGAGACAAGGUGGAGAGGUGGCAAGACCUGGGCCCCGGGCUUUCACCCACAGGAGAUGGCAAACUUUGGGUCAAAGUGCAAGUGUUAUUGCGGAGUCAACCCAUGUGAGGACAAGAAUGAGCAUGGAGAGGCGAGGGCGAAGAUAGAAGUCUCAGAUUUGGCAACUAUCCAGUCACUGGCUAUUGACCUCCAGGACAUCUUUGACAAUGAGGAGACCAAGAGAUUAAACUCGUACUCAGCCAAACUCAACAGCCAACUGAGGAAACUGGAGAAGAGGCUGGAACGUAAUGUUCCCAGUGUCAACGCCCUCCUCAGAGAGACUUUCGAGAGGAUUGUUCAGCAUCGUUCCAUCUACCAGAACUUCUCCAUCGCCAUGAGGGACGUCAGGAAGGAGAUCAGCAGACUCAACUUCCUACUGCGGAAGCAGCAGCUCCUCCCACUCGAUAAAAGAACAAAGAAUGUGGCCAGGCUGACCCCAAGCAAGCCACCGCCCCUGAAUAACAGUAUGUCAUGGGUCAACAGCACAAAUGACCAGCUCAGGCCUCAGGCCCCUUCCAAUCCAAAGCCCAGGACCAGGCUGCACAUAUCCAUUGCUCGGCCUUCAGUACUUCCUCCUAAGACAGCAAAGGAACGAACUUCAGACGAGAACAGAAACAUGAGUAAGUUCAGGAUUGAUGCUUUCAGAAGAUUCACAAAAGCUCAGCAUACUUCCAAACACUGA